GGCAGUGGUGUAGGAAGGGGCGGGGCAAAGCCAACCUUCCAAGCGUGGAUGCCAUCUCAAGUUCCCGGAAGUCCCGCCCCGCCGAAGCGUAGCCGCUUCUACCUUUGGACCAUUCUCUGAGUAGGAAGUGCGUUUUUUGGCGGGCAGUUGUGACGUCACAAGCGCUAGUCUCACAGCUCGGGCUGCGGCGCAGUCGGCUGGAGAGACCCGUGAAAGGAGUGGAAAGGGGCGGGUCACGACUGGGAGCCCGGGGAAACUCGGAGCUGCCCAAAGCUGGGCCAUGGGGCUCAGCCCCUCACCCCCGGCAACCGUAGAACAGAAAGGCCUGCUGUAGCGGGAGCCUGCGGUCCGGGCGGAAGCAGCGGCGUUCUCGAAGCAGCGGCCCUAGGGGCUUCUCGCCGGAGCUGCCCGUGUGAGGAGUAGCGGAGCUCGGCGCCGACUUCUCGUGGCGUGGGGUCCCGGGAGUCCCCCGUCCUCCUCGUGCAGCCGCGGGACUCCUGCCCAGGAGCAAGCACGCUGCCUGACAGAGACAUAUAUUAAUUCUCUGGCCUGUCUUUAAUUCGCCGGUCUUUAGAAAGCUCAGACCGGCCUCGCAGGGUGACUCUGUUUACCUCACGCCCCCUGCGCUGCGCGGCCUCUAGACAGGGCUAACGCCCCUAGGGCCGCUUGUCUCCUACGCUGAGGCCACACAUUGAAACUCCGGACAGUUCCCCGGCGUUCGCGGUAGCUGGCCCGAAACCCGACUGUCUGUUUUUCAGGUGUUGAUGUUGACCAGGCCUCCUUAGCUUGGUAAAAUGGCUGGAUCCAAAGACGCUGUCCCUUCCCUGUCGGAAUGCCAGUGCCAGAUCUGUGUGGAAAUCCUCAUCGAGCCCGUGACCCUCCCUUGUAACCACACGCUAUGUCAUUCAUGCUUCCAGUCCACUGUGGAAAAGGCCAGUUUAUGCUGUCCCUUCUGCCGCCGCCGGGUCUCUUCGUGGACGCGGUACCAUGCCCGCAGAAAUUCUCUGGUCAAUGUGGAACUCUGGGAGACGAUUCAAAAAAACUACCCAGAGGAAUGCAAACGUAGGAUCUCUGGGCAAGAAUCAGAGGACCUCGUUGACAGCUAUCAGCCUAUUCGUCUAUUAAGUAAACCUGGGGAAUUGAGGAAAGAAUAUGAAGAGGAGGUAAGCAAGGUGGAGGCAGAACGACGAGCCACUGAGGAAGAAGAAAAUAAAGCCAGUGAAGAGUACAUACAGAGAUUGCUGGCAGAGGAAGAAGAGGAAGAAAAAAGACAGGCAGAAAAAAGACGAAAUGAGAUGGAAGAACAACUGAAAAGUGAUGAAGAACUGGCAAGAAGGCUAAGCAUUAAUAUUAACAAUUUCCAUGAGACUUCUCCACAGAAUUCUAGAAAAUCUGAUCCAGUUACACCCAAGUCACAAAAGAAAAAUAAAAACAAACAAAGAAAUACUGGAGAUAUUCAGAAGUAUUUGUCACCUAAGUCUCAAUUUCGUUCAGCAUCACAGCCUGAAGUUGUACAAGAAGAUAGGAAAAACUCUGUAUCUAAGGAAGUUGACAGUAGUGAUGUUAAAAGUCCUACAUGGCUAGACACUAGAACUGAAAAAGAUAUGCCAACACUUUCUCCACAGAUAUGCCUUGAAGGUGCAGUGUCCUCAGUAGGGUCACCUUUGCUACAGUUACGUGCCUGUGAUGCAGAACAGUACUUGGAAGGAAGAGUCAUAACAAGAUCAAGUGAUCAUGACAAAGAACAUUGUGUCAGAAGUCUUGAGGGGACUAAAACCGAUUCUAAAGAAGCUACAUUUACACCUUGUAGCAUCACAGAGAAUGGGUGCACUAUGUCAGGUAGGAUGCAGAAGACUGGAGACAGCACAGAUUCAGCAGAAAAUAAAGAGUCCCGUCUGUUGGCCAGUGAUGAUAUUUCUAAAAGGAAAAAUGAGUCCUCAUUUGAAGCAGCUGGGGAUCCAUGCUUUUUUUCAAAAAGAAGAAAAAUGUUCCCUAAAUCUUCCUCUGAUCAAGAGGAAACAGAAAAAAAUUUUACCCAAAAACUGAUAGAUAGGGAGCGUAUAUUUUUUGAGAGACAUAAACAAGAAGAGCAGGACAGAUUAUUAGCAUUACAACUUCAGAAGGAAGAGGAUAAAGAACAAAUGAUGCCAAACCGGCAAAAAGGAUCCCCAGAUGGGUAUCAGUUACGUGCUACAUCCUUACCCCCAGAAAAAUCGCUUGAUGGACAGAGGAGAAAUUCCAAAGAUAGGAACUUCAAUACAGAGUGUUCAAAACGGGGGAGAAGCUCAAGAAAUGAAAAUCAGCAACCUUCUUGUAAAAGCCAGUUGAAAUGUUCAGCUAAUGGAAAAAAGAUGCCAAAUUCUACCAGAGAUAAUUAUAAUGUAAAUAAAAGUGCCCAUUCCCUUCAGCCUAGUAACUCACAGAAAAGUAUUUUUCAGAUGUUUCAGAGAUACAAGCAGUAAUGCAAGGGUAAAGGGGAGUAUUUUGUAACCUAACAGCUGGUUUGUGAAGCUGUCUUUUCUAUUAAAGAAUCCUCACAAGGUUGUUGUAAGUUUCUGCUCUGUAGUCACAGUCGUUAUCAUUAAGGGUUGUCAUUACAAGGAAAGAAUGUAUAAAUGGGUUUCUGUAAAACUCCAUGGUUUACAGGUGCCCUUAUCUUUUCCAUUCUUAGUAACUGUUGUGUACUGAAUUUGCCACCAUAGUGGAUAUAAAAAUAAAAAUGCCUUAGCCAUAAAGUCCAAGAAGGCCUGAAGAGCCAUUCUAAGAUUUCAUGUUUUAUGGCAGUUUCUCACCUUUUGUCAUGAACAGUGUUCAAAGCAAAUUAUACUAGACCAAGUGGUUAAGAAAUCUAUGAGAGUUUAAAAGCCUAGGGAAUACUUGAAAUGUACACCACUUAAUUUUCCAUCUCAAUUUAAAUUUUAUGCAUUAUAUGUUUCCUUUGAGUUAAAAUGGUUCAGGAUCAAUGUUCAAUCAGUUUUCUGGAAAAUUGGAAUUCAGUUACAGAAAAGAACCAGAUCACUUAAGGAAAGGAGAGUUUGAGUUGGGACGGGACUAGAUGGGGGGUGGCUUGGCAGUCGGGAACCAAACCAGGGAGUUAAGGAGUAGGUCUAGAAUGAACUGCAGGUUCCUUCUGACAGAAUUCUCCCUCGUGUUUUCUUUGCUAAAUGACAUAGAAAACAUGUUUGGGGUUACAGCUUUUUGACACCAUGGUAUCUAAUAUAAAAAAAGUUACUUAUCUGAAUUAUUUUUUUUUUGCAAUUUGUGUUUCUACUAAUCUAUUCCAGAAAAAAAAAAAAGACUGAGAAUUAACUAAGACAGUUCUAUCAUAGUAUGUAGUCAAAGCUGGAACAAACCUGUGCUUAUGGACAGAAAUAGGAAGUAUAAUAUAUGGGGUUUGUCCAGCCUUGUCCCUGUAAGUUAAAUCAUAAAGCACUGAUUUUAUUUAGUAACAUUUACCUUAGAGACUAUCAAGCCUUGUUUCAUCAAAAGGAACAACUUUUAGCAAACAAAAGUCUUAAUAGCAUUUUUGCUGGCAUUUUAGUAACCUAUUUAAUAUCAAUAAACAAUAUGCUCUUCUAGCAUGAAUGCUAGCUUUAAGUUGUUGGUAUUUUCAUGUAUCAAGUUUUCUUUUUCCUUCUAAAUUUUGUGGUUAAAAUUCUAUCAUUUACAUACUUGAUGGCAUCUAUGUGAAUAUUGAUUGGGUAAUGAUGGGUAAAAUUCUAACUCAAAAUUCAAUUUGCCCUUUCUCAAAAUAAAUUGCCCUCUAUAUAAUAAUUAUGAUGAAAUAUAGUCAAACCAUAUUUGUCUGG